AUGGCCUGCAGCGCCCUCACGGUGCGGUUUCCGGGAGGAAGGCGUCGGAGAGCGGUGUUCAAAAGGAAUGAGUCCGUGGUCAAGGGACUUGGAAAGGCGGGGCUGUUGCCCGCUGGUGUGGGCAUGGGGCUCGUCGCGACUGGGACAGCCGGCCGAGGAGGCGGGAUGGCGGGCCGGAGUGGCGGGGGGUGCGGGGCGGCGUGCUCUCCGGUGUGCAGCGCCGGCGUCGCGCACAGAAAGGGGUCCAAACAGGAUGUCGAUUGGGGGAAGCUCAUCGGCUUCGCUGUGGCCGCUUGGCCGAGCCUCUCCUUCAGAAGGGACGAGCAGCCCCUCAUCUCCUACGACACUGAGCGGCCCGCUCCUGUGGAGAGCAAGAGGCCGCCGGGGCCGAAGCCGCGCGUGGUGGUGUUGGGAUCUGGGUGGGGCGCCGUGAGCUUCAUAAAGGCGCUGUCCCACGAGGCGUGCGAGAACUACGACUUCAUCCUGGUCAGCCCUCGAAACUACUUCCUGUACACGCCGCUGUUGCCCGCCGUGGCCACGGGAACUCUGGAGGAGCGGUCCAUCGUGGAGCCAAUCCGCAACAUCGUCAGGGGCAAGGCCCGGUACAUUGAAGCGAUGUGCUCGUCCAUCAACCCGGAGAAGCGCGUGGUGGUCGCGUGCUAUCCAGACGACGCUGGGAACGACAAGGCCUGCUUCGAGAUUUCCUACGACACCCUGGUGUUUGCGGUGGGCGCGCAAAACAACACUUUCGGCGUCGAGGGUGUCAAGGAGCACUGCUUUUUCUUCAAGACGGUGGAGGAUGCCCAUCGCCUUCGGCGCCACGUGUCGGUGUGUUUCGAAAGAGCGUCGCUGCCCCAGACAACCGAGGAGGAGCGUCGCCGCCUGCUGUCGUUCGUCAUCGUGGGCGGCGGGCCCACGGGCGUGGAGGUCGCGGCCGAGCUGCACGACGUCAUCAACGAGGACCUCUCCCGCAUGUACCCCGACCUCGUGCCCGCCGCCUCCAUCAGGAUCGUGGACGGCAACGACUACGUGCUGAGCGCCUACGACCGCCGCAUCUCGCACUACACGGGCGCCGAGCUGCGGCGGGAGGGCGUGGAGCUGGUGAUGAACUCGCGGGUGAAGGCCAUUGGGCCGGGCGCUGUGACGAUCAGCAGGUCGGGGGAGACCGAGGAGCUGGAAUACGGGACGUGCGUGUGGGCGGCGGGCAUCGCCAAGAACCCGCUGGUGGGGCAGCUGCAGGAGGUGCUGCCGGAGCAGGGGCACCCCAGGUCCAUUGUCACCGACGGCCACCUUGGCGUGAAGGGCAGCAGUGGCAGGAUAUUCGCGGUGGGCGACGCUGCCACAAUCGAGCAGGGCCAGGCGCUGGGGCAUGCUGAUGAGCUGUUCGCUCGAGCGGCAAAGGGCGACAACGGGUGGCUCACCAUCAAGCAGCUGAGGAACGUCCUCUCUGAAGCUAGCACCGAGUUUCCUCAAUUCAAGUCCUACGAGAGGCUUUUCAAGUGUUACGGGUGUCAAAUGAGGGAGAAGUGCCCCAUGUCCCCAGUGGCAGAUCGGACGUUCUCGAGCGUCCUUGCGCCUGUUGAGGAGGUCGCUGGCGAAGGUGCCAGGCGCAAUGCCAUCAGCAGGGAGGAAUUCAAUGCUGUGCUCCAUAAGAUCGAUAGCCAGCUGAGGCCGCUGCCCGCAACGGCUCAGGUUGCGCGCCAGGAGGGCGAGUACCUGGCCCGCCUCUUCAACACCGGCAGUAUGACGCCAGGAGAAGAUCUCUCCGAACGGAUCAAGGCGUUCCGUUACGCCCACAAGGGCCAGCUGGCAUAUGUGGGCGAAGACAAGGCGGUGAUCGACGCACCCGGCCUGGGGCCCCUGUGGGGCAUCGCGGCUGGCCUCGUGUGGAAGGGCUUCGAGACGUACAGCCAGAUCAGCAUGAGGAACAAAAUACUGGUGGGCUUCGAUUGGGUGAAGAGCAAAGUCUUUGGGCGGGACGUGAGCCGCGUGUGA